UACCCUUAGAUUUUAUGGCAAGUGAAGAGGUUUUAUCUAAAGUGAAUGAUACUAUUCAACGUUUAAUGCUCAUAAAUGAAAAUGAUAAACGUAUAAAUAGUCUGUACAGUGAAUUUGCAAUUAUUCUAGAUCAUGAAAUGAGUAAAACCUUUGAACAAAUCAAAACAAAACCAAAGGGAAAUAAUCAUAAAUUUUUCAAAAAACCGUAUUGGAAUGAGGAGCUCCAAAAACAAUGGAAUAUGAAAAAAGAAUCUGAAUCUCUGUGGUUGAACUGUAAAGAGUCAGCUAAGAAAAGAAACCUUAAGGAAUUAUACUGUAUAGAGCGCCGUCACUUUGAUAAAUUACACAGAAAAUAUAAACGCAAUUAUCAACAAAAAGAACAAUUGAAUUUACUUGAACUGAGUAAUAAAGCUAAUUCGCAGGACUUUUGGAAAUACAUUGGCAAACUUGGGAUUGCACAGGAGCGAAAACAGGAACUGCCUUGGGAAGUUACAGACCCAGAGGGUAAUAACUCCAUCAGAGGACAUCAAAAUGUACUUAAUGCUUGGGCCAAAACAUAUGAACAACUUUACUCAACAGUAAUCAACAAUGAGGAAUUUGAUGAAGACCACUAUAGCAACAUAAAAAGAGCAGUCACUCAGAUCGACCAGCAAGAUAGUGAUGAGAACAAUCCCAUGAACAAUGAAAUCACCAUCGAAGAAGUUGCAACUGCUGUUGGGAGAGCCAAGCUAAGAAAAGCUGCUGGAGUGGACAAUAUACC